CACAAACAAUAACAUUAAAACACGUUUUUCAAAGUGUUUCUCAGUUUGCUGAGAAAACAAUUUUAAUUAAAUCAACGAAAAUACUAUUAGAGAAGUUGUUGUGUUCAGCUGCCUUAAACAAUGCCAAGAUCCAAGAGAGAUAAGAAAAUUUCCUUAACAAAAACUGAUAAAAAAGGGCUCGCUUUGAAGCAAAAGAUAGUGGAAGAUGUGAGAAAUUGUGUGGAGAAAUAUAAAAGCAUAUAUGUCUUUACCUAUCGAAAUAUGAGAAAUGAGAAAAUGAAGGAGGUUAGAGAAGAAUGGAAACCAAGUAGAUUUUUCUUUGGCAAAAACAAAGUGAUCGCCAUAGGUUUAGGUAGAACUGAGGAGGAGGAAGUUGAAAAAGAUUUGCACAAGAUAUCUUCAAUUUUGAAAGGACAGAAUGGGCUGUUAUUCACAGACUCCAAGAAAAAAGAAGUAGAGGAAUGGUUCAACAGCUACUCUGUGGAAGAAUAUGCCAGAUCUGGGUUCAAAGCAACACAAAGCAUUACCCUGAAUGAAGGCCCAUUAAAACAGUUUUCACAUGCAAUUGAACCCUACUUGAGGCAACUUGGAAUGCCCACAAAAUUAGAAAGAGGAGUUGUGACACUACUAAAAGACUAUGAAGUGUGCAAAGAGGGCAGUAUUAUAACUCCUGAGCAAGCAAAAAUACUAGAAUUACUUGAACAUAGGUUAGCUACUUUUAAGUUAAUUUUGAAAGGUAGAUGGAUAAAAGGAAAGGGUUUUGAGGAAUUUGAAGUGGAAGAGGAGGAAGAAAAUGAUGAAAAAAUGCAGGAAUGUGAUGAUUAGUUGUUAUUUUUUGCAGAAAUCAAAUGGAAAAAAUAAAAAAAUUGUUUAUCUGUAGAUGUGACUUUUAUAAAUGUUUGUACAUAUUAAUUGAUUAUAACAUUACUACAUAUCUCACUAGAUCUAUUUUCCUACUGUUCAAAGUAUAAAUAAUUUCUUUGGGUUCUGAAAUAGCAUUUC